GAAAAAUACCCAGCUCUUUCAGAGCAGUAAUUAGAGUAGGUAAAAAUGAGUGUUGUUAGCUUUCCUGACAACAUCAAGGUACAAGACAGGAGAUUUUGUUUGUUGCCAGCUCACAGGGAGAAUUCACAGCACGGAGGGAUCAGUGUGGAUGUGAGACUGUUUUGAAAAUUCAGAACCAAGAGGAAAUGGCCAACCCAUCACCUGGAGAGAGCCUGAGGAUCUGGGCCAGCCUGAGCUUCCAGCCCUCUGCCACUCUGAGCGUUGACAGCUUUGAGCAGGACUUGGGUGAGGGAUAUUCUGGUGGCACAGAGCUGGAAGACAAACACAGGAGCCAGCUGGACAUUUUGAGGCAAACCUCCCUACUGCUGGCUCACAAAAUGAAGCUCCAGCAGAAACAGCAGCAGCAUCAGCUUAUGGUGCUGAGGGAGAAAGCAAAGCAAGAGGUUGAGAAAAGCCACAGGUUUUUGAGGGACCUGCUACAGCUCGAUUCAGAGGACAGCAGGAAUUCCAAAGGCAGUGAUCCUUCUGUGACCAGACCGUACCACGCAGAGCAGGCACAGAGAGGACACUGGCUGGAAGAUGACCUUGCUGCUGGCAGUAAUCAAGAGAUGAGUUCACUGACACACUCUGCACUGAAGAUAGAAAGAGAUCCCAGUCUGGUGGAUUCCAAAAUAUUGGGAGGAAGAAAACCUCGAGGAGGAGAUCAUGGGCAGUCACUGCACGGUCAUCACACCUUGAAUCUGUUGUCACCUUGGGUGAAUCUGCCCCACAGAGACACCUGGGACAACUCUGGAGAGAGCAGUGAGCAGGCCAGCUCUGACAGCCAGUGGAGCACAGCCAUUCCACACUUCGGAGGCUCCAGCACCUUCCAUGGUUCCAGCCUGGCCGUGGUGGAGCAGUUUCUGAGGGGAGAGGAGCUGCGGGCUCGGCACCAGGCCAUGCUCCUGCGGCUCCGGAGAAAGGCUCUGCGGGAGAGGGCCAGGGCCGAGCUGGCCUGGCUGGAGCACCAGAGACGUGUUCUGGAAAACCUGCAGGAUAGUACUGGAGCCUCUGCCAUGGCAGCAAAGCAGCACAAAAUCCUGAUGGAGCUGAAAGAGGAGCAGGCAGAAAUCCAGCACUUGCAAAACAUCCACAGGGCAGCCCAUCAAGAAAGGAAGCUUUUAUUAAAGCGGCAGUCAGAACUCUUAAUGAUGCAGCAUUCAACAGCACAACUCCAGGAAAAGCUGCACAGUUUUGCUGGGAAGCAGGAGGUUAUGAAGUCAGGGAGUAAAGACAGUUGUGUCCAGCUAAAGCAUAAAAAGAGCAAGAAGUAUGAGGGAUUUUCUACUGAGAACAAGGAAUCACUGGUACAACAUCAGAAACAGGUGGAGGAGUUCCCAGCUUUGGAGCAGUCCAUUAAUGCUCAGGAUAAUAUUUUCUUACCUCUGGAACCUAGAAAUUCAGCUGGAAUGGAACCUAGAGCCACACUCUUUACAAGAAAAGGCCAAAAGUGUCUAUUUCUGGAACCUGUGCUGGAGGAAAAGCCACUUCUUUCUAACCCUGAUCCUAAAGUUAAUGAAGAUAUUAAUCCUUGUGGCAGAAAGUACCCAGUGAAAGGCUUGGGGAUGCUUCCUACUUGGUUUCAUAUUUCUUACUCUCAGUAG